AUGGGUACUUUGAAGGUGUUGGCGUCGGGAUGCUGCUUCCAGGACGUCGCUUCCUUCUCUCUGAUGAGCCGCACGACCGCAGAGACUUCUUUCCACCAUUUCUGCGAGAAGUUUUUCGAGGGCCUCUGGGACACGUGGAACACCUACACCGGCAAGGAGGGCCACAUGUCGCUGGUGGUGGAGUGCCAUUCUGGCCGCAUCAUCGCGGCAACCAAGACUUACCCGGGAGCAGAGAACGACAAGACGGUCAUCGCACGGGACAAGUCCAUCUGGCGAAUACGAGAUGAGGAGCCGUGGAAGAGCUAUGAUACAAGGGCGUGGAUCAUCGUGGACGGGGGGUACCCGAAGGCUAGUUUCGGUUGUUGCCAUUUUCGGUCUGCCGUAUCACAGAUCCCGCUUCUGAUCCCACCAAUCAAGACGCACAACACCGUCAAGGAGCACGAUUGGAGCAGGCGGUUGGAUAAUAUGCGCAAGGACAUCGAGUGUUGCUUCGGCAGAGUCAAGGGGCGCUGGAGGCUUUUCGGUGUACCUGUUGGGAACAACGCAUUCUCCCAAAGAGUCAAGGGGCGCUGGAGGCUUUUCGGUGGUGACAUCUUGUUCUCCGCACGACAGAAGGUUGACAACGCGUGGUUCACCGCGUGCAUCCUCCACAACAUGCUCCACAGCUUCAACCGCCUCGACGAGAUGGAGGAGGACGGCGUUUGGGUGGGGUCGGCAGGGAGGUUGGGGGAGGCGACGGCAAUGGCGGCGGCCAGCAUGCGCAAGGACAUCGAAGUCAAGGGGCGCUGGAGGCUUUUCGGUGGUGACAUCUUGUUCUCCGCACGACAGAAGGUUGACAACGCGUGGUUCACCGCGUGCAUCCUCCACAACAUGCUCCACAGCUUCAACCGCCUCGACGAGAUGGAGGAGGACGGCGUUUGGGUGGGGUCGGCAGGGAGGUUGGGGGAGGCGACGGCAGUGGCGGCGGCCAUGGACGUGGACGAGGAAAGCGAGACUCCGACUCCGGCUUCGAAGAGUUUCGCCGGAAGCUCAUCGCGCACUUCACGUGCGCGUGGGAGAAAAGGAGAUUUUGUGGUUUAAGAGGGCGGAGGUUUAGAAUAUACGUGGUA